AUGCUAGAUUUAUCUUCAGAAACACCUUGUUGGAAGCCAGCCGUUGACAUGUUAGUUAGAAGAGAUGGAUUAGGAGUUGGUUUAAUAAAUAAGUAUCUAUAUGCCGUUGGCGGGCAUGACGGUACUAAUACUUUAAAUAGUGCAGGAGCUUUUAACUGCAAUACUCAAGAAUGGUGUAUGAUAUCUAAUAUGUCUACCAGAAGAAACUACGUUGGGGUUGGAGUGCUGAAUAAUCUUUUAUAUGUGGUAGGAGGUGAAGAUUGUUCAUCAAGGCAGUAUUUAAACUCUGCUGAAUAUUAUAAUCCCAGUCUUGAUACAUGGACACCAGUGGCUGAAAUGUGUGCACGUCGAAAGAGUGUUAGUGUAGGAGUUUUAGAUGAUGUACUGUAUGCUGUAGGUGGUUCUGAUGAAUCAGAGAUUCUGAUUAGUGUUGAACUAUACAGACCAAGUACAGGAGUUUGGACUAGGAUUGCUGACAUGUAUUUCUAUCGACAAUUGGCUAGAGUAGUUGCAUUAAAUGGUUUAUUGUAUGUCGUCGGUGGAAACGAUGGAUUUGGUUUGGAUUCUGCAGAGUUUUACAACCCCGACACCAAUACCUGGACCAUGGUUACAUCUUCAAUGAAUGUUGCACGAGCUGUAGCAAGAGUAGUAGCCAUUGAUAGGCCACUACAUUUUAAAACUUAUUAG